AUGGGGGCGUGUUUGAACAAUAUAGGCGGCUUGGGAGGGCGUAUGGAUGGUUCUUUGGAUGGUAGUGGCGUGGGCGGCGGUAUGGGUGGGAAUGUGAGCGGUGGUGGUGGGUUGGAGGGUAUGCUUGGUGGUGGGAGGUGGAUUGCGACAGGUAGUUGCCCUGUGACGCCACAGUUUGCCAUCCGAGCAUUUGAUAGCCCACGUGGCAGACCGCCAUUGGCUCGGAAUCCGGCCGUUAGCCCCUCUGCUUCGAAGGAAGACAGUGGGGGGGGCAAUGGGGAAGAGGGUGGUGAAGGGGAGAGAGUGUUGGCGAGAGGGGUAGAGGGGGUGGGGCAGGGGGCGGGGGGUGUGAUAGAGAGGAGAUGCGGGAUGGAAGAGGAGGAAGGGGAAGGGAACAGGGGGAUGGGUGGAGGGGUUGGGAUGCAGUUGCUGCAGUGGAAGCAGGGGGAGAGUGGUGGUUUGGGAACGGGUAUGGGGCGAUUAGUGGAGACACAGCAGCAAGAGAGGCUAGUGAGGAGGAGGGGAGGGGAGGGAGACGAGGAAGAGGAAGAGGAAGGGGAGCAGGAGGAGGGAUAUGAGAGCAGGAAGAAGGUGCGGGAGGGUGAGGAGGAGGACGAGGAGGACGUGGACGGUGAUGGAGUGGCUGUUAAUGAUGGUGAUCACAGCAAGCAUGGUGGUGGCUAUGGCAAGGGCAGAGGAAGUAGCAGUGGCGAGACUGGCGAGACUGGCAAGAGCUACAGCAGUGUAAGCAUCUCUCUUGACCCAGCUGACACCACCAGUCACUACCACGACAGCACCAGCACCAGCACCAGCACCAGCACCAGCACAAAGAACAGCAGCAGCAGCAGCAGCAGCAGCGGAGGUGGCAGCACUAUCCCUCCCGGCAGCAGCAUAGCAGCGCGGGGGUGGUCCAAGUCUCUGGCAAUGAGCAGCGUGGCAGCAGCAGUGCGGUGGAGAGCCCGUGCCAUUGCCAGCGUGGUGGGGCAUACCGGCCGCCGCGUGCAUGCACCCGGUGCGCACACUCCCAACUCACACACUCACACUCACACUCACACUCACGGCGCUGAGACACCAGCAGGUGUGCACCGUGGGGGUGCGGCGGACGGUGGAAACGGGGGGAGAAGGGGAGAAUUGGAAGAGAGGGGAGAGGGGAUCGUAGGGAGAGGUGGCGGAAGAGUGAAGGGGGGAGCAGGGGGAGAGGUUGCUGUUGGUGGGGGAUGGGAGAGCAUUGGGGAGACAGCAUUGGGAACGGAUGAGGGCAGACACGGGGGAAGGGGCGGAAGCGGGGGGGGAGGCGCAUGGGCAGGGGGAGGAGGGCGAGGAGGGGCAGGGGAGGUGAGUGAAGCGGGGGAGAAGGCAUUGCAUGUUGGGGUGAGCGGCAGCAGCAGCAGCAGUGGUGGGAGGAGGAGCAGCAGCGGUGGUGGCAGCAGGGGUGUGUGGAUGGAGAGGUGGAAGGCAGCGGGGCAGGUGGAGCUGGUGGAUAGUCCCAGGCUGGGCAGACAUGGCGCGUGGACCGGCGCAGCAGGGGGCAGGGGAGGCGCGGGCGAGAGAGGAGAUGGGGGAGGGAUUGUAGAAGGAGGAAAUUUGCAAGGAGAAAGCAGCGCAGGGGGAGCUGGUGGGGGUGCACAGGGAGCGGGAGCAGUAGGAGGAGGUGGAGGGCGAGUUAGGGCAUCAGGUGCUGCUGGUGGGGGUAUGGGGGGAGGCCCUGGGCAUCUGGUGGGGAGGGUGGGUAUGGGAAUGGGGGCUGGGAGGAGGGAGGGUGAGACAGUGGCAGGAAGGCAUGUGGCAGCAGGAGAGACAGACGGUGAUGGAGGGACCAUGGGCGCUGCUUCUGCCACCACACUCCCCAGGAGUGGCUCCCUGCUCCACCUGCACUCCCUGCCCUCUGCCGCUCCCCUGCUGCAGUCACACUCCCAACAGUCACAGUCUGGUGCACUGCUGGGGGUGCACGAGCAGCAGGUGAGGUGUGAAUCAACAGUGGAUGCUACAGCACACACAAACACUUCUGCUGUGAAGUCGACCCAAAGGAGAGCGGGAAGUUGGAGAGAACGGGAGCAUACGAGUGGUGGGAGGGAGAGAAGGGGGCAGGGGGAUCGGGAGGAGGGGGUUGGGGAGCAAGGGAGAGAGCAUGGGGAAAGAGGGAAUGAAGAGGAGGGUGUGACGAAUCCGGGGAGGAUGGGACUGGGAGGGGGGCUUCAGGGAAAGAGCUCUCGUGUGGGAGCAAGUGUGCUGGAGAAAAUUGGAAGGCUGGGAGGGGUGGGAAGGGUGGGUUGGGGGAGGGCGGGUGAGGGGAUUGGCAAGGGUGGGAAGAAGACGAAAGGAGUUAGUGAGAGGGAGGAAGAAGGGUCGGGUAAGGACUUGGGUGGGGGUAUAGGUGAGGGUAACGGGGAGGAAGAACGAGGAGGAGCAGUGGAAGGAGAAAGAGGAGGAGAUAGAGCAGGACGAUGGGUGGUUGAGGGGGCAGUGCAAGGGCGAAGGAAUGGAUGGAGUGGGAGGGAAUGGGCGAUAACAGGGAAGGGAGAGAGGAAGAGUGUGCGAGGAGGGUUAGGCGGGAGUGGCAGGAGGGAGUGUGUGGAGGAAAACAAUGCGUUGUUGGGCAAGGCGGGAGAGAGUGAAGUGGAAGGGGGCAGGCGAGGCGAGGCUGAGGUGACGGCAGGAGGAGAGGAGGGAGAACAGAGAGGAGGAGAGAAAGGAGGAGGAAGGGGAGGAGGAGUGGGAGAGGAGGCGAUAAGCACUAGGCGGUCAGAGGUUGGGGAACUGGAGGAGAAGGGGAAGAGGAGGAAGGUGGCACGGCAAAAGCAGCAGCAGCAGCAGCAGCAAGGGAGGGCGAGAUGGUACAUGCAUGGGGAUGUUAAGAGUAAAGAAGAUGUACAUAAAGCAGUAGACGCAGAUGAAGAGGAUAGGAAUGUGGUGGGGCGAGGGCCGGACCACGGGCAGGAGGGGCAGGGUCAGGCGCAGGGGCAGGGGAAAGGCAGGGAGAGAUGCGAGAUUGGGUCUCCUUUUGACACAGAGUGGGCAAAUAUGGGCACAAGGGGCGGUGAGAGGGAGAGGGAGAGGGAGGGAAAGGAGUGGGAGGAUGUGGAGAUGGAGGAGGAGUGGAAGGAGGGGAGGGAGGAGGGUACUGCCGUGGUGAAGACACGUAGUGAAGAACGAAAGGAGGUGACAACAGUGACCUCUAUCGAAACCGAAUUCCCAGCACAGGCAGCGGCAGCAGCAGCAGAAUCAGAAUCAGAAGCAGAAGCAGAAGCAGAAGCAGAAGCAGAAGCAGCUGCAGCAACAGAAGAGCAGCAAGCAGGAGUUGAAAGAGGACGUGACGAAGGAGCAGAAUCGUCAUCAGCACAACCGCCAUCAGCAGCAGCAACGGAAGCAGCAGAGCCCACGAGCACGAGCAACAGCAGCAGCAGCAGCAGUGCGAGUGCGAGUGCGUGUGUGUUGCUGCGGCCGCACAGCGACAUGACAGAGUGGUACCUGGUGGGGCACAGGGAGGUGGGGCGCGGGCAGUUUGGCGUCAUCCGGCCCUGUGUGGAGCGCAGCACGGGGCUUGUGCUCGCAUGCAAGAGCAUUCACAAGGACGGAGUGGUGCAGUCGGAGCGGGAUGCACGGGCCAUCCGCAGUGAGGUGCGCACCAUGGCACGCGUGCAAGGCCACCCUGCUGUCGUGCACCUGCGUGGGGCGUUUGAGGACGCCAAGAGCAUGCAUCUGGUGAUGGACCUGUGUGACGGGGGGGACCUCUUUGACCUCAUCAAGGCCACGGGUCCUUUACACGAGCGCACGGCAGCACACAUCUUCCGCCACCUGCUGCUCGCGCUGCAGCACUGCCACUCCUUGGGGGUUGUCCACCGGGAUGUUAAGCCCGAGAACAUUCUCCUCGCCUCGCACCCUGCUGCUGCUGCUGCCGCUCUUGCUCGGGAUGCUGCUGCCAUCGAUGGCACUGCUGCUGCUGCUGAUGCUGCUGAUGCUGCUGCUGGUGCUGGUGCAACUUCUGGGAUGCAAGCAGACACUCCGAAGCCGCCAGGCUCUGUGGCGACGGCACCAGCAGGUGCUGCUGCUGCAGCGGAGGCUCUGCAGUGUGCAGGGGCGGUCAAGCUCACGGACUUUGGCGUUGCCACCUUCCUCCCCUCCCCUGGCGAGACCCUGCGAGUGCAGGAGCUGGUGGGGACCCCAGAGUACAUGGCGCCAGAGGCGUGGCAGGGCGAGUACAGCCCCGCCUCCGACAUGUGGGCCGCAGGCGUCGUGCUGCACGUGCUGCUGGCGGGAGUCCCUCCCUUCUGGGCAGCAGAGCAGGAUGCCCUGGUGGCAGCAGUGCGGGGGAAAGAGGUGGCGUUGAAGGGGCGGCGGUGGCGCGGGGUGUCGGGUGCGGCUAAGGAUGUGGUGAAACGGUUGCUGCGGAAGCAGGCUGGGGAGCGGCCGACCGCGAGCGACAUGCUAGGUGCGUGGGGUCGUGGGGAAGUGAGGGAGAGGGGGUGCGGGGGUAGGGGAGACGGGGAAGAGCUGAUGGGCUAG